GGUCAAUAUGGCCGCUAGUAGGUCAAAAAGAAGUCAAAAACGUUCGUUUAGUCCGUCAUCGGCUCAUAUUAACACAGCAAAGAAAAAGAAAAUUCCAUUGGGUGUGGAAGAUCUUGAUUAUCCAACAAACAGCCCAUGUUCCUUUACAACAGCAGACAACAGUCUUUACAAUGAAUUUGGGCAUUUUGUUUUCAAAGAUUCAAACUUUGAGCAUUCUGGUGUUAAUUCAACCAAGAAACGAUUAUGGAAGAAUUUGAAACAGAUCAUUUCCCAGGAACGAACAUUGCCUUGGAAACAAGAUGACCCAACCUACAGCUCUAUUGAAGCUCCUCCAUCCUUUAAACCUGCUAAGAAAUAUUCAGAUCUAACAGGGUUGCCUGCAAAGUAUAAAGAUCCACAAACAAGGAUGCUUUACAGUACAAGCGAAGAAUUCUCAACAAUACGUAGCCUUCCCAUGGACAUCAUCGGUGGAUAUCUAACGUUGCGAAAAGCUGCACCAACCUGAAUAUUAGCGUUAGGAUUUAGGGAAUUGUUUGUAUGAAUUUGAAGUCGCGAAAGUCAUUUGUUUGCAUCAUGGAAUAAACAAAUCCAGCUUGCA